GUUUGAGAGGCGCCACAGCUGAUGCAGUUUGAGGGGCACUCCAUCUGGAGCUGGAAAAGAAGGAGGCAGUUUAUUAAUAGAUAACGCCGAAUCUGAUUCUCCGGCGCAUUUCAAACGCUUCCGCUCCGCCAGAUUGUGUAUUGUGACCCCUUUCAACCCGACGAUGUGUUGAAUCGAUGACGUGGAGAUGAAUAAACAAGUUAUAUUCGGCCUGCUUCUCGCUUGCAUUUUGGGGUGCAUUUCAGGGCAGGAUGAGGAGGAUUACCAGGAGCCGCCAGCGGUACUGGUUGCCCUGCUGGUGCGCAACAAGGCCCACAUACUGCCCAUGUUCCUGAGUUAUCUGGAGCAGCAGGAUUAUCCCAAGGAAAGAAUAGCAUUUUGGUUGCGGUGUGAUCACAGCAACGAUGUCAGCAUAGAGCUAUUGCGGCAGUGGCUGGACAACUCGGGGAAUCUCUAUCACAGCAUAAACUACGAGUUUCAACCGGAGGAGCGGAGUUAUGUCAACGAGAGCUCACCGUACGAGUGGCCCGCAUCGCGUUUCAAACACCUCAUCGCCCUGAAAGAGGAGGCCUUUCAGUAUGGUCGCGAAAUUUGGGCUGACUUUGUGUUUUUCCUGGACGCCGAUGUCUUGCUCACUUCAAAAGACUCGCUGAAAGUCCUCACCCGUCUCCAGUUACCAAUUGUGGCUCCCAUGCUGAUCUCGGAGAGCUUGUACUCCAAUUUCUGGUGCGGCAUGACGGAGGACUACUACUACAAGCGCACUGAUGAGUACAAGGAAAUCUACCACGUGAAAAAGCAAGGAAGCUUCCCAGUGCCAAUGAUCCACACAGCCGUUUUGGUGAGCAUGAACCACAGAGCGGUUAGGAAUCUCACUUUCGAUAGGAACAAGCUGGUGGAAAUGCAGAAAAGCAGGCAGCAGGAACCUCUGUACGAUGGACCAGCCGAUGACAUCAUAGUGUUCGCCAUAUCGGCCAACAGUUCGGGCAUUCCAUUGCACAUCUGCAACGAUAUAACCUUCGGUUAUAUACUGCAGCCAUUGGAACCGGGCGAUACCUUGGACCACGACAUACAACAGCUGGUUAACCUCAGGAGCAUCAUGGUCAAUGACCUCGGAGCUGUGCCUCCCCUACUGCAUAACUACAAGCAUUUGGAAAAGAAACCGGAGAAAAGCAAGCUCUCACUGGACCAUAUAUUUAUGAUUAACCUGAAAAGACGACCGGAGAGGCGGAAGAAAAUGGAACUGCUCUUCGACGAGAUCGGAAUAGAGGCGGAGCACUUCCCGGCUGUUGAUGGCAAAGAACUAACCACGGAACGGCUGCUGGAGAUGGGCGUACGAUUUCUGCCCGGCUACGAGGAUCCCUAUCAUCAUCGCGCCAUGACAAUGGGCGAGAUCGGCUGCUUUCUGAGCCACUACAGCAUCUGGGUGAUGAUGGUGCGCAAGCAGCUGAAGGAGGUGCUCAUUCUGGAGGACGAUAUACGCUUCGAGCCGUAUUUCCGACAAAACGCUGUCAGAAUCCUAAAUCAGGCCAGAAAUGCCGCGAGGUACGACCUCAUUUACUUUGGCCGCAAGCGUUUGAAGGAGGAAAGUGAGCCGGCAGUGCCGAAUGCGGAUAAUCUGGUGCACGCCGGCUACUCCUACUGGACUUUGGGCUACGUAUUAUCCCUGCAGGGUGCCCUGAAGCUGCUGGCAGCCAAGCCGCUGGGCAAGCUCAUACCCGUAGAUGAGUUUCUGCCACUGAUGUUCGAUCGUCAUCCCAACAAAACCUGGACCGAAGCCUUCCCCAAGCGCAAUCUCGUUGCCUUCAGUGCCUCGCCACUGCUGCUGUAUCCCAUUUACUAUACUGGCGAAUCUGGCUACAUUUCCGACACCGAGGACUCGCAACAAAUCAAUGUGGACACGAGUGAAGAGGGCGCGGCCAGGCUAAAAAGCGACCGCGAACAGGUUUUCGAUCACGAGCAGGAACUCAAGCUCAAUCCGGAACUAAAGCUGGGCGAGAGCUUGUCCAAGAGCCACCAGGAGCUGUAAAUUCCUGCAACUUCCGAACAAAACCAUGCCAAAUUUUACUUAGACUAAGUUAGGUUUAGCUUGACAACUGCCAAAUGUGCCUUUAACCCGAAUCCACCAAAAAUAUCAACAACGAAUGCUAGCUUAGGUUAAAGCUUUGAUUGUAUGGCCUAAUAUUUUGUGCAAUUUUUCACAACUUUUAAGCUCGCUAAAAAUGUUCCUAAAUGACAAAAGUUUGUUAUCUAUAAGAUAACACAUUUAUAUAAACUAUGUUUCUGUUAUAAAAUAAUAUUUUGAACUUAAGUGUAAACAUCCAGUUUUGGUCUGAGCAGCAAUAUUUCUCUUGGAAUAGACAUAGGCAUCUCAAAAGCUGUAGAUGAGUCGAAUAGUUGCACAAGUUAUUGGCCGAAUCCAAACGAUAGACUAAUAUAUCAGCAGCAUGCCAUUGUCCUAGCAUUAAGUAGGUUUUAAACAUUAUAUAAACUCUGACUUUAUUCCGCUCACAAGUGAUGUGCAGACAGUAAACACUUAAGAUUU